CAAUCUAUGUGGACCAUGGAAAUGCAAGCAGUAAAAGUUCUUCAGCGGACAUUGUUUCUAGAUCGGCAGCACUGGGAAACGUUCGAUAAAGCACUUUUACUAAGAACAUGUAAUUUACAAACCAUAUAGCCUCCUUUUUUUCGAAAAAAAAUAAUUCGUGCAAUAUUGUGUUCUAUCGUUAUAUAGUUAACCAUUAUUUUGAAGCAAGCGGAAGUUGUCAGACCAAGUUCAAUGUGUGGCAAUAUCGAGACAUUUUGAAAAGCUGUCAGACAAAGUAACGAUAGCCGUUGUUUGAUUCAUAACGAAAGUUUUGUGUAGAAGCAACUAAUUGUAAGUGACUUGCACCGUUCUUUGUGAACAUUGGAUGCCACCCUAGAGCAGCUGACCAGCAUCUGACUAAGGUCUGAAACUAUCAGCUUCUUAAAACCAUCUGGUUGCAAACGUUACACACGCCACUCCUCUUUCUGGCCCACACAUGAGCGCAGGGUUCCAUUUCGGCUGCUCUGAGCGCCAUGCCUGACCGGGAUAGUGCCUACCUGGCAGGUGGCGGUGGAGGUGGAAGUGGAGCAGGGUCUGGCACAGGAGUAGGGGAGGACGGCGUAGCUGCCUCAGGUCUGUCCGGAGGCGGAGAGGUUCGAGGAGGGGUUGGAAGUAGCUCGACUGCCUGUGGCACGGGCAGUGGGGCGUCUGGGGCCAUGGGAUGUGGUGGUGCCCUGGGCAAUGGCCAUAGCUGCCUUGGAGCAGGUGGAGGAUUCGGCUCAGGCCUGGCACUGGAUGGCGUGUGCCGUGACUUUCUGCGCAAUGUGUGCAAGCGUGGUAAGCGCUGCCGCUACCGUCACCCAGACUUCAACGAGGUGCCUGACCUGGGCGUUCAGAAGAACGAGUUUAUCUUCUGUCAUGACCAUCAGAACAAGGAGUGCGUGCGCACCAAUUGCCGCUUUGUCCAUGGCUCCAAGGAGGACGAGGACUACUACAAGAAAACGGGCGAGCUCCCUCUGUGGCUCCGGUGGAAGGUGGCAGCAGGCCUGGGCCUGUCACCCGCUGACCUGCCGCAGAACCGUGGCGAGGCGCCCAUCUGCAGAGACUACCUGAAGGGGGAAUGCCAGCGAGGCAACAAGUGCAAGUUCCGCCAUGUGCGCAAGGAACUUGAGCACGAGGCCCCUCGGCUGGGUGUUGGGGUCGCGAUGGGUGGGGUCUCGGGUGGGGCUGGUGGGAUGGUGAACAUGGGCGGUGGGGGUUUAGGCGGCGGCGGCAGCGGUGGUGGCGGAGGGGCUUGUGGUGGGAUGUCGGGGCUAGUGGCAGGAGGCAGCGGGAAUAUGAUGGGCAUGGGGAGCCCCAACCUAGGCGGCUGCAGAGAGCAGGGUGUUUGUGGUGGGGGAGGGGGAGGCUCAAUGGGAGGCUGCUUGUCGAUGGGUGCUGCCGGGCAACGACGCUAUGACAGGGGCCCCUGCUCAGUCUAUGACCCACUGUUUGAGAACGGGCUGUUUGAGGCUGGCCCACUGGAGAGCCCUGUGGACCACACUGCUCUCCAGCUGAAGAGGAGGCGGUUGGAAGGGCUGCGAUUGGCUGAUGGGGCUGGUGGAGGCCACUAUGACCUGGGGGUGCAGGCCACCCUGAACACUCGACCACUAGAGUAUCGUCUCUUGGAGGAAGAGAAUGCUUUACUUAGGAAGAGAGUGGAAGAACUGAAGAAACAGGUCUCCAACCUCGUCGCUACCAAUGAAGUCCUGCUAGAGCAAAAUGCCCAGUUCCGCAGCCAGGCUAAAGUCAUGACCCUCUCAUCCACCCCGGCUCCAUCUGAGCAGAGUCUGGCGCCCCCUGUUGGCUCUGUAAGCUCCUACAACCACAGCAUUGCCCAGACUCACACCACCCUGAGCAGUGCUGGGCUUCAACCUCGCCCAGUUACUCAGCAAGACCUGGUAGCCCCAGCCGGAGCUCCUACCGCUCCCCCAACUAAUGCGGCCCCCCAAGCUGCUCCUCCUCCCCACCUGAACCCUGAGAUUGCCCCCCUCUCCGCUGCGCUUGCUCAGACCAUCGCUCAGGGCAUGGCCCCACCUGUUUCCAUGGCACCUGUGGCAGUUUCGGUAGCGCCGGUCGCCGUGUCCAUGGCUCAGCCAAUGCCUGGAAUCACAAUGAGUCACGCUACAACGCCAAUGGUGUCGUACCCCAUUGCAAGUCAAAGCAUGAGGAUCACGACCCUUCCACAUUAAACGAUGCCCACCCUAUGAAAACUCUUACAAAGAUUUGUGCUCACACACCGACUAACACAUGCACAGACUCCCUAUGGAUAUUUUAGAAAUGCCUAUCCAGUAAUUAGCACUCUGAGCUAUGAGGAUACUCCAGGCACAUCCCUUUAAAUGAAAAUACUGUGGUGACUUGACCAGUGAAAAUAUUGCUGGUGUGCUUGACCAGUUUCCUAUCAGUGUACUUCAAUGGGCAGUUAUUGGCAGACUGACUGUGAACAAGUAAAAAAACAGUUUGUUUUACCUUUCAGAAGAACUAACUUUUUAAUCUCUUUCUCUGAAAGAUAAUGUACAAUGUUAAUAAGUUUAUCCAAAACAGGUUGUUGAAUUUGAUAGCUCUUUGUUUUAGUCAAAUUUUUUUUUCUUUAAAAAUGUUUUUUUGUUUGUUUUUUGGAUUUGUGGGUUGUUUUUGUGUGAAGUGGUUCUUUAAUCCUUUUGCACAAAAUGAAUGAAUGAAAAUCUCAACCACAAUGAGGUCUAUGGCCUUUUUUUUGUGUCAGAGUAAAUAAUACAGUAUAUGCACCUAAUUCUAAACAUGGUCAUCUUUGAACAUAAGACUGGUUGAAGAAUAUGAAAAUUAAUCUUUGCACACAGCAUGCACUGAACACAGACUUUUCACUAAACGCUAUUAAAGAGUACCAUUGAUUUAGACUCAAAAAUGUCAAAAUUGUUUCUGGCCUUAGUGCUAUAAAACCCCUGCAAUUGAGACUUUAUCCAGUUUAUGAUCAACAGUGAAUAGUUUAUUGCAGAUUUUUUGUCCUAUAUCUUUUCCCAUUUUUCCCCUAAACAAAACAUUUUUGGUUAUCAGAAUUGAAUUUCAGUUUUUUCUUGCUUAGUUUUAAGAAUUUUUUUGAAGGGUCACAGGAAAAAAUGAUUGAUAAAUGUUUAUGCCAAAAGUAAGUGCCUAUUACAAUGUGAAAUUGUGAAAAUUGUGUCUAUAACAACUUAAGGUUAAAGCUUUGUAACAUUACAGAAGUGAAACUAAAUAUUAAAGAAUCAGAAGUCUCAUGGAACUAGCA